AUGUUACUCCGUCACCCUUUUCUCACAAUCCUGGCCUUGCUAGCCGUCCCAACGCGGGUAUUAUCACGAAAGGGAGGCGAUAGCUCUAGCAGCGACAGCGAGAGCGAUACCAGUAGCUCCGGCGGCUCCAGCGGGUCUAGUGACCCCGGUGAUAGUGAAGACACCUCUUCAUCAACAUCGACAUCCUCGGGCGGACUGCACUGCUCCGAUACCCACCGCCUCGACUUUGACGAUCUUCAACCUCCGCACUACUACCAAUACAACCGAGCACCACGCCGUGGCCAUGCUAGUGCUUACAGCGACUGGGAUGGCGUCUUCUUCAAGGGCGAAGCCAGCCUCAAAUACACCAUCAUAACACCACCAAACAAUUUAACAGAAGGCGACAUCGCUAGUUCAUCUUUGAUCACAUGUCCAUUUGGCACACAAUCCACGCGCAUGCUGGGCGCUGCCUGGGUCGGUGCCAAAGCUCCCACUCCCGCGGGACCCGUCAAUCCCUUCACGUUGGGCUUCAAGGCCUGGGAGAGCAACGUACGCGUCUCGGAUAUCGACUAUUCAUACAGUGUAUGUGAAGACCUAGAUCUCGUGCAACUCACCACAACGGUGGACUGGUACAAUGGAGGUUCAAUCGAGAAGGCCAUGGAUGCUGUUGCAUUAAACAUAACCCAGGCGGCGGGAAACAGCAACAAGAUUCUGUUCGACGGGGUGUAUGAUCUUAAAGACUGGGCAGAUAGUGAAAGGAACUCCAUCCAAGCAGCAGAGUAUGACAACUCGGGUCUUCGGGGUCAGAUGAUUUCCCUUCCGGAUAGUCUCUGUUCGGAGGGGAGAAAGUUGGGCAAGAUCCUUAUUGGAUGGCCCACUGGAACACACAUCAAUGGGUCUAUGACGAAUGAAACACUUGAGUUGAAUUUCUCUGGCUUGACAGUUGCUGGGUUUGAACAUGGUUCACCAUUCCCAGACACCGACACAAAAGUAAAUGUGACUUUUGAAUUCACAUUCACGGGUAGUUUUGAUGCUGCAAAUUCCUCGCAGGUGGUUCUGCCAGGAGCGUCGAGCCACAAUACAUCCCUAAUCAGCUUUGAGAGGGCGACCGGUAGUGCUACUGUGGCAAGUCUCUCAUUGCAUUGUGUACUAAUGUCUUUAUUGGUCAGUCUUGGGGUGAUGGUUGUAUGA